ACUGACAAUCCUAACCUCAUUUUCUAAUUUUCUCAACUGCUUUCUGGAUUGUGAAAUAUUUCUUGCUAUGUUUAAAGUUUGUGAUUAAUUUGAAAAUGUGUGUGAUAUUUUAAUAACAAACAGUUAUUAGGUUUGUUGUAUUUCAACAGCAAUGUCAAUUAUUUACUGUACAAUAGAUUGUAAUCCCAAUGAAAACAACUACAUUUCAACCCAGUUCUUGUUACAAUAACAACUGCUAAUCUUGUUACAACGUUAAAAAUUAUCUUAUUUUGAACAAUUAUUUCUAUUCAAAAUGCACAUUAAAAAGAUAAUUUUGGAUGGCUUCAAGUCUUACGGAAAAAGGACCGAGGUGAAAGAUUUUGACCACCAGUUCAAUGCAAUUACUGGUUUAAAUGGAAGUGGAAAAUCAAACAUAUUGGAUUCUAUUUGCUUUGUCCUCGGAAUUACUAAUCUUAGCCAGGUGAGAGCUGGCUCGUUGCAAGAACUUGUUUAUAAGAGUGGACAAGCUGGAAUAACCAAAGCUGUUGUUACAGUCGUCUUUGACAAUUCGGAUAGAAGCAAGAGCCCUCUUGGAUAUGAAAUGUCAAAUGAAAUUACUAUUACUAGACAGGUUGUAGUUGGUGGUAAAAACAGGUAUUUCAUCAAUGGAUCGGCUGUGCAGAACAAACGAGUCAACGACUUGUUCAAUUCAGUUCAGUUGAAUGUCAACAACCCUCACUUUCUUAUAAUGCAGGGCAGAAUCACCAAAGUACUCAACAUGAAACCACCAGAAAUUCUAUCCAUGGUAGAAGAAGCUGCUGGCACGAAAAUGUACGAGAACAAAAAACAAGCAGCUGAAAAAAUAAUCGAAAAGAAAGAUGCUAAAUUAAAUGAAAUGAAUAAGAUUAUUAAUGAAGAAAUAUCUCCCAAACUGAAGAAAUUGCGAGAUGAACAAGGAAAGUACUUGGAAUUGCAGAAGGUUCAGCGUGAAUUGGAACAUUUGAAGAAGAUCUAUAUUGCUUGGCAAUACCUGUGCUGUGAGGAAACGGCAUUGAAAGCUCAAGAGGAACUACUUAAGACGAAAAAGUCAAUACAACAGAAAAAAGAGAGAAUCGCAAGCAGCAAAGAUGAUGUGAAGGAAAUUGAAGCGAAAAUUUCCGAACUUCAAAAAGUACGAGAUUUGGAGAAAGGCGGUAAUCUUGCUGAAGUUGAGAAAAAGUUGACGGCCGUGGAAGAUAAGCAUGCUACAUCUGUAGGAAAACUGAAAAUCAGUAAGGAUAACAUCAACACUGAGGAACGUAGAAAGAAAAAUUUGGAGAAAAGUGUUAAAGACGAUCAAGCAGCUUUGGCGGAGAAACAGAAAUACUUGGACAAAGUGAAGAAUAUCUUCGACCAGCUGCGAUCGGCCGACCAACAGGACAGCGAAGCGUUGGCGGCUGCGCAGAGGAGGUACCAGGCUGUCAGUGCUGGCCUCAUUGCAUCUGACGACACCGGAGAGUCCACAUUCCAGGAUCAACUCAUGAGGGUCAAGCAAGAAGUUGCACAAGCUCAAACCGAAAUAAAACAGUGUGGAAUGACGUUGAGUCAUAAUCAACGAGAAUUGAAGACCAAGGAAGAUGAGAUGAAAAGAACAGCUUCGGACUUUGCCAAGGAACAGAAACAGUUGACCGCCAAAGAAUCUGAGCUGCAAGCUAUUCAGAGAGAACUUUCCAAAAUAGAUUAUGAAGACGGGCGAAUGGAAAUACUGUCUAAUAGCAAGCGAGACCUCACCAACAGAGUUCGAACGCUCGAGAAUAAAAUAUCUACCAUAGCAUCCAGGAACCGAAUCAGUUUUAACUAUUCAGAUCCUGAACCAAACUUCAAUCGAGCUCUAGUAAAAGGUCUUGUCGUGAAACUUUUCCGGGUCAAAGAUCCUCGAUUUUCCACUGCUUUGGAGGUUGCUGCUGGGAGUCGACUAUUCAACGUGAUUGUGGCUAAUGAAGAUGUCAGCAAGAAGUUGAUCAGAAAUGGAAGACUGGAAACUCGAACGACAUUCGUUCCAUUGAACAAGAUUUCUGGAUCAGAAUUGGAUCACGGUGUUGUGAGAACGGCAGUCUCACUGGUUGGCAAGGAUAACGUGUUCCCUGCCCUUUCUCUGAUUGAAUACGAGCCAGAAUACCAUCGAGCGAUGCAGUGGAUAUUUGGACAGACGUUCGUCUGCUCCGACAUGAACACAGCUACAAAGGUCAGCUUCGAUCAGCGCAUAUUGAAGCGAUGUGUCACUCUUGAUGGAGACACGUGUGAUCCGUCGGGUUCUUUGUCCGGAGGUGCACGAUUAAAUUCCAACUCAGUUAUAAAUAUAGCUGCUGAACUUCGAGCUCUCGAAGAAGAUUAUAGGAGAGACGAAGAAGAACUGAGAAAGGUGACUGCAGAAAUAAAAAGCCUGACCAAUGUGGCUAGCAGAUUUUCAGACUUGAAGCAAAAACUGGAGUUGAAGCAGCAUGAGGCUGACCUGCUGCGUCAGAGGCUGCAACAGACUACUCAUCAUCAAUACCAGGAGGAAGUUGACAGCUUGAAGAAGGAAAUUGCGAACUUACAGACUCGUAUAGAAGAUUGCAAAAAGAAGGAGAAGGAAAAUACUAAAAAGAUGAAAGAACUUGAAGAAAAUGUGAAAAACGCUAAAUCGAUCCGUGAGAGAGAAUUAAAAGCUGCUGAAGCGGAGAUGAAGAGAUUAAAAGUGAAAUCCGAAGAGAGCAGAAAGCAAUGGAAAGAACGUGAACAGGAAUGUGAGAGCUUGAAUUUGGAAAUGAGUGAACUGCAGAAAGCCAUAACUACUGGCCAGGAGCAAAUAGCUGAUGCUGUGAAAAAGCUGCAAGAUCUUAAAGAAGAAGCUCAGACACUGACAGAAGGCUUAUCCAGUCUCAAGGACGAAAUAAAACAAUUGAAAGCCGACAUCGUAGCUCAGAAAGACAAAAUUAGCAAACAUGACGAUGAAAUUCAUAAAACAGCUCAACGUAAAGAGAAGAUUAUGAAGGAGGCUUCGGAUGCUGAACUGGCCUGCAUCACUCUGGAGCAUAAUAUCACCAAAAUCGAGGAUGAAGCAAAUUCCGCUAAGAAUAAGUUGGCGGAUCUCGAGAGCAAUUAUGAAUGGAUUGAGUCAGACAGACAAUUCUUUGGCGAGCCGAAUGGAAUGUAUGAUUUCAAAGCACAAGAUCCAAAAGAAGCGGGCAAGAAAAUAUCAGCUCUUCAGCAGGAGAAGGAAAAACUUGACCGAACUGUCAAUACACGAGCAAUGAAUCUGCUUGGAAAAGAAGAAGAACAGUAUAAAGAAAUGAUCCGCAAGAUGCAAAUAGUGGAGAACGAUAAAGCUAAAAUAGCGACUGUCAUCAAAGAGCUGGAUAAGAAGAAAAAGCAGACUCUGUGCGCCGCGUGGACUGAGGUCAAUAAGAAUUUCAGUUCGAUUUUCAGCUCGUUGUUGCCCGGCGCCCAGGCCAUGUUGAAGACUGUCGAUGGCAAGGAUGUUCUACAUGGUCUCGAGGUAAAAGUUGGGUUCGGUGGCGUUUGGAAAGAGAGUCUUGGGGAGUUGAGUGGUGGUCAGAGGUCUCUGGUGGCACUGUCUCUCAUUCUUGCCAUGUUACUUUUUAAACCGGCGCCAAUUUAUAUUUUGGACGAAGUUGACGCUGCUCUUGAUCCUUCGCAUACGCAAAAUAUCGGUGAAAUGCUCAAAGCUCAUUUCAAACAUUCCCAGUUCAUAAUUGUUUCGUUGAAAGACGGAAUGUUCAAUAACGCGAACGUUCUGUUCCGGACCAGAUUUGUGGAUGGAAUGUCCACCGUGAUGAGGACUACUGCCACAGACCGUUCUGAACGCUGAACCAACUCGCAACUUGUCAAAUCCGAAACGUGUCUUUAAAUUAAUUCAUUUUUCUUGAUUUUACUGUUGUGAAUUUUCUAUUUUAACAAAAUGUAUUUCUUAUUUGGCUGUAAUUCAUUCUUACCUAGACAUGUCUUAUGAUAAGUGGAGGGGGGAUCGCAAAACGACCAGUAGAAAUGUGAUUGGUGAUUAAAUUACAUUAACUGAUGUACAGAUGGAAACCUGAAUAGAUUAUGAUUGUAUACAGAAUAUACUUUAUUAUCAAAAAUUGACAGUGAUGAAUUAAUAAAAAUAAUAUAUGCAAGGGAAUUCCUGUGCCCAGGUAUGCGUUGCCAAAAUAGUGUUGCUAUAUAAUAAUCUAAAAGCUAUAAUCCAAAAAAAAA